AUGGCUGACGUAAAAGCCAACGCCGAGGCUCUCGUCCCCAAGUUCAAGCUGGAUCGCGUCCUUAACCAGGACCAGGCAGGCCGCCGCACCUCGCUCCUCGGCACGAUCGACUCCAAGCCCGCGCUCCUGAUCCUCGAACGCGCCCCGUUCCCGUCCGACCCUUCCUACCUCGCCGUCACGCCCACCACCCUCUCCUCCAUAGCCAACCUCGGCGCAAACGACAUUUACCACUGGUACCUCGCCAACACCGGCUCCCCCGCCGACGCGAAGCCCGACACGGCCCACGCCGACCUCAAAAUCAACCUCAUCUACCCUUGCACGGAAACCCACGUCAAGAAGUACAGCAAACAGGGCGUCCGCUACGUCACGGAGACGCCCGAAAUCUACGCGUCGGCCGUGAAGCCGUACAUGCAGCGCAAGCGCGACGAGGGCCGCCUGAACUGGGUCUUCAACAUCAUCGAGGGCCGAACCGAGGUCGAGGACGUCAUCUUCCGCACGGAGCUCGGCAAGGAGGGCGACGAGGGCUUCCUGCUCCUGCCGGACCUCAACUGGGACCGCAAGACGCUCGACGCGCUGCACCUCCUCGCCCUCGUCGAGCGCCGCGACAUCUGGUCGCUCCGCGACCUGCGCAAGAAGCACAUCCCCUGGCUGCAGCACAUGAAGGCCAAGCUGAUCUCCGCCACCGUCACAAAGUACCCCGAGAUCGACAUCGACCAGCUGAAGCUGUACGUGCACUACCAGCCCACGUAUUACCACUUUCACGUCCACAUCGUCCACGUCCAGCUCGAGGCGGGAGCAACGCAGGCCGUGGGCAAGGCCGUCGGGCUCGACAGCAUCAUGGACACGCUGGAAAUUAUGAAGGGAGACGAUGAGGCGGGUAUGGAACAAGUUUCUCUUAGCUAUACACUAGGGGAGGCGAGCGAGCUAUGGGCCGAGGUCUACGAACCCAUCAAGAACUCAAAGUGCGGGACAGCUUCUCAAUAG